GAACUUUUUAAAAAUGAAGAAGACUGUGAUAAAAUCUUGCUUUACAUUAAAUCUGAACCACAUGUUGAGUUUUGCGAUGAGGAGGAAAAUGUACCAUUUAUUAAAGAAAUUUUAGAGAAGGUUAAAACGAAUUGGAAUGACAACAUUCAGAAUAUGAUUAAAGAAAUAGAGA